GUGCGCGUGCCGGAGCAAAAAAGUCAACCAAGGAGAAUGUAAAGCGUUUCCCAUGUCCAGACUGUGGUAGAAUGUUCGCAAGGGCAUUCAACAUGGAAACUCAUCGAAAGACUCAUAUCGGAUACCGACCUCAUCAAUGCCCUCAGUGCCAUAAGAACUUUUCCAGAAGACACGAUCUUCACAGGCAUCUUGUCGCUGUUCAUAAUGAUCAUACUAAGAUUCCGCUGAACCCUAGCAAACCUGUUAGCUCUAGCUCUUUCAACAUGACAUCAGUUUGAUUUGUCUUGGACGUCUUGGUCAUUAGCGAGAUCAAUCAUCCGCACCUAGGCUCAAUGGUGUCCAGAUUUUGCACAAGCUAUACUCUAUCCUUGCUUUACAUAUUUAUUUGCUUGAAUUUAUCGGAACACUUAUUAAACUGCAUACAAGAAUAAAAAAGAAGAACUUCAGGGGCGAAGAAAAGAAAAAAACAUGCUCUACUAGUUUUUGGAAAUGAUUCUUUAGAAAGAUCUAGGAUCCAUUUCAUUUACUUUCAUUUCUAACUCUCUGUAGCCAUUCUCAUAGUUCACAAAUCCCCGUUUUUUGUAUCUCGUCUCAUUCUCUAUCUUUUUUUCGGGUCAUUUCAGGUUAUUUAUUAUGGGAGUUGCAGGUCUUCCUUAUAUCUAUUCUUCAUUUUGUCGAAUCAUAUCUCAUUUACCAUAGUCUGCUUGUAAGCAAAUAUCCCAUUGUAUUCUUGUAGACUACCUCUUCUCAAUGGAUUCCUGUUUCCUUCGUUUGCAUCACGUUCUGUCUAUCGUUAAGUUUGAAGUGUAUUACAUCUUUGUUGUGAAUUCUUCAAUUUAGAAACAUCUUUGGGUAAUUUUGGCUUUGAUAUCUUAUUUCUAUUUACUAUUCCAGUGCCCUAAAAUAUGAGAUUCUCUGUGGAUCGAAUGCCUUCUUAGUGUUGUCUGUAUUCUCAUCACGUAUACGGUAUAUGAGAUCAGAGGAAAUUUAUUGGUAUUUCAGUG